AUGAAGAUGCCUUCCACAGCGCAAAAAGAGCGAACACCGAGACUUCGAGAAGCAACUUGCAACCAGAGCAAAGCAGUUCCCAAGAGGAGCUUUGCAAACAUGAAGCGACACUUGAUGCCGACGCGUGACGUGGCUGUGUUAGAUGGCUCGGACGGGCAGGCCCUAGUUUCUAGCACCUCGUGUGCUUUCGCCUUUGCGGCGCACUUCGCCUCUGCUUUUGCAGAUAACCAGGCGUCCGUACUGCGUUGGACGCAAAUCGUCCUCAUGGAGCUGUACAGCCUGGAUUGCAAAGUUAAUGAUGUGUUCAAAUUGCUCGCCAAUCUGGACGGUACCAAGCCUGUUGGGUCUGAUGUGCUCCAUCCGAUGAUCCUCAAAUCGUUAUCGGCCAUGAUAUCGCCUUCGGUGACUGAGCUAUUCAACAGGUCGCUGUCCGUUAAUUAA